UAUAAAAGGUAAUGUUGGAGCUUCGAUAUGAAGGAUUUUGUGAAAAUUUUUUUUGAUUGGAGAGAGCUAAAAAAGACAUUCAAAGUAGAAAUGGGCGAUUUAAAAAGCAUGACCUAUCCGCAGAUGUUGAGCAAAUUUCGCGAAAGGAGAAACGAAUCGAAAAUCUUGCUGCCCCUCAUGUCCCAUCUGCCUCAAAACUGUCCCACCCUACAUACGGCCCGCAAAUGCCAACUGAUUCUUAAAAAAUGUUUGAAACAGUGGCUGACUCCAAAAACUGGAGUGUUGGUGAUUGUGCACAUGUCCGACUCCCUCGAUGAAAACGGCAGAACCAUAAACGUGAUGCAGAACCUCCACAGAUACUUCAGCGACAAGAUGGAAUUGUUGAUGGAAGCCAAAGACGUCAAAAGUUACCUGGAGAAAAGCGGCGACGUUCAAGGCAUUAAGAAAGCUCUCCACGCGGUUGUACCCGACGGAAUUGGCUCCUACAUCGCAGAGUUGAUGAUUGUCCGCAAGAAGUAGAAAGAACUGUUUCUGACUUUUGUCCAUCAUAAUUUUCUCUUUUGAGUUUUUUUAAUUUUUUUGAAUCAACAUAAUUGUGAAUAAUAAUCUUUUUAACUUAAUUUAUUUCAAUGUUUCAAAUAAAAAUUCCUUUCAACUAAAAGUUUGACACUUGUUAUAAAAAGACUUUAUUAACAGCA